AUGUCAGAGCCUGCCGCCCAGAACGCUAAGAAGAAGGAGAAGGCCCCAAAGAAGCCUAAAGAGAACAAGCAACAGCAGAAGCCUAAACCACAACAACAAGAUGGGAAGAAGCAAACCAAACUGGGUAUUGAUACUAAGAAGUACGACAACUACUCCGAGUGGUACUCGCAGGUAUAUAUUAGAAAGGUUUUUGGGCAAUUCCGUUUUAAAACUGACAUUGUCUUUGCAGGUAGUGACAAAAGCCGAGCUGAUCGAGUAUCACGAUGUCUCCGGCUGCUACGUGCUCCGUCCCUGGGCUUACUCGAUCUGGGAGUUCAUCCAGUCUUUCUUCGACAAGGAAAUUAAGAAAUUGGAUGUCUGCAACGCCUACUUCCCAAUGUUUGUAGCCGCCAGUGCCCUGGAGAAGGAGAAGACUCACUUGACUGACUUCGCGCCUGAAGUCGCUUGGGUCACGAAGGCCGGCAGCUCCGAAUUGGCCGAACACAUUGCCAUCCGACCCACAUCAGAGACGGUCAUCUACCCAUUCUUUGCCAAAUGGACCCAAUCUCAUCGAGAUCUGCCCAUUAAAGUGAACCAAUGGUGUAAUGUUGUGGUAUGUUACUUCUUGUUUCUAAUUGUAAUGUUGUAAACAGUCAUUAAGGGUUGUGAAAAGGGGUUCUGGGUGGUUUACGGGCGAUCACCGUAAAGUAUUCUCUAUGUUUCUUCUGGGUAUAUUUGAGUUUUGUCAGUAAAUUAAUGUUUGAGAGGUUUGUAUCUUGAUAUAUCUACUAUAAGAUGCGAUGUAUAUGACAAAGAAUUUUUUUGAAUUUUGGCUUUAAGCUUAUUUUUUGUACAAUGUUGUAAUAGGGUAUAAAAUUUUUAUUUUUCUUUAAUAAAGCACUUUAUUAUAGUACAAUACUGAUGAGAAUGUUUAGAGAUGGGAGUUCAAACACCCUACACCUUUCAUCCGAUCCCGCGAGUUCCUCUGGCAAGAAGGUCACACUGCCUUCGAGAGUAAAGAGGAAGCCGAACAAGAAGUAUAUAAUAUUCUGGACCUUUACUCCAAGGUCUACACCGACCUUUUGGCCAUUCCCGUUGUCAAGGGACGGAAAUCUGAAAAGGAGAAAUUUGCUGGAGCUGAUUUUACAACAACUGUCGAGGCGUACGUACCUGUCAAUGGAAGAGGAAUUCAGGUGGUCUAUUAUCAUUGUUUACUUUAAAAAAUUAUUUCAUGUACUUAUAUAUUCUAAAACUUAUUACCUAUUUUUGAUCUUCAGGGAGCCACCUCUCACCAUCUUGGCCAGAACUUCUCCAAGAUGUUCCUCAUCAAGUACCAAGACCCGGUCGAUCCUUCUAAGCAAGCUUUCGCUUGGCAAAACUCCUGGGGUCUCUCAACUCGUACCAUCGGAGCCUUGGUAAUGGUACAUGCGGAUGACAAUGGUCUUGUUCUCCCACCUAGAGUCGCCUCUAUCCAAGCUGUCGUUAUCCCAGUCGGAAUCACAGCCAAGACUACAGAAGAAGAGAAGAAAAAGUUGCUCGAUAAGUGUCAAGAAAUAGUCAACCGACUGAUCGAUGCUGAUGUGAGGGUCAAGUUAGAUGCCAAGGAUAAUGUGUCUCCAGGAUGGAAGUUCAACCACUGGGAGUUGAAGGGAGUUCCAGUUAGAGUUGAAGUAGGACCAAAGGACUUGGAGAAGAAUCAGGUCUUGGCUGUGAUAAGACACGACGGAGAGAAGAGACCUGUUUCGUUGGAUGGUCUGGAGAACAGCUUCCAGGAGCUCAUGAUCGAGAUUCACAAGAAAAUGUACCAAAAGUAAGUAGAGUUGUCUCACAUAAGUACAUAUUUGAGAGUUGUUAUAAUGUUUAAGCUGGUAAAAAGUAAUAUUUUUAAAAUAUGAUAUUGUUUUAGGGUGGAAAAACAACGCGACGAACACAAGACUGUUUGUACCGAUUGGUCGAAGUUCGUGGACUUGUUGGACCAGAAGUUUGUGUUGUUAUCUCCAUUCUGUGGUGGAAUCGAAUGCGAAGAGAAGAUCAAGGACGGUUCAGCUCGUGAAGAGCCUGCUGAACUUGGCCAAUCGGCCAUGGGGGCCAAGACCUUGUGUAUCCCAUUGGAACAGCCUUCUGAAGCUCUGCCAGAGAAGUGCAUCUUCCCCGAGUGCCAAGAAAAGGCCAAGUUCUUCGCUUUGUUUGGUCGAUCUUACUAA